AUGUCUGUAUUUACGCACAAGCGUAGCAAGCUCAUUCCCGGACGUAUUUUCGGCAAACGCUCAAAUUCGGCCAAACAGUCCCCGGUGCAACCGCAAGAGCGAAAAUUGAAGCCUUGCUUUUCCUGUGAUUGUCCAUCCGGAAAGUUGUCCGGUCCAACUAGCUGGGAGAUGGAAGGUUCCACAGAGGAUGAACUGAUUUUCAUCUUCCCCGAUCGACCACGACUUGUGGCUUCUCAGUCAGAUCCAGAGGACGACAAACAAAAUUUGAUUAUGUAUAAUCCACCCCGUGCUCCAGCGGACAGGUAUCCACCCGAAACGGACCGUUUGGAUAGACCCAGUCAAGCUGUACGGCGUAUUUGUGGACGCGUGGUCAGUCCGCAAGAGUUCAGAGAUAACAUGAAUGAAAGAUCUCGACUGACUGAGCCGAUCACAACACAAAUGCGAUUGAUGCGAACGCAGAACGUUUGGUGUAUUCCGGAUCUCAGUAGAUCAGAAACGGAACAUCUGUUGGCGCCCGCAGAUCCAGGAGUGAGUUUGGGUAAAUUGAGAAAUGGUUUCGUGGGGGGGGGGGGCGGUUGGACUUAUCUGAUUCUGCAAGAAGUACAGCAAGAUUAG